UUUUUCCGUACUUACAAAGACAUAACCUUCAAAAAUUUCAACACAUGGAAAUUGAGAGGGUUGUUAUGAUCCAGUAUUUUUAAAACAAACAUCACAAAUUUAUUUUUUAAAAAGUCAACGAAUUUAAAUUUAUCUAUUACGAAAAAUGUUGUUAUUCUGUCCCACAUGUGGAAACGCUCUUUUAAUAGAAGAAGCAUCACAAAUGCGCCUCGAGUGUCCAACAUGUCCGUAUGUUUUUAACGUAAACCGUAAAAUAGUAACAAGAAAUUACCCACUACUCAAAGAAGUUGACAGUGUACUUGGUGGAGAAGAAGCUUGGAAGAAUGUCGACGCAACAGAUAUAACUUGCCCUGAAUGCAGUCAUCCACGAGCUUAUUUCCGUCAGCUUCAAACGCGAUCCGCCGAUGAGCCUAUGACGAUAUUCUACAGGUGUUGUAAUCCAGACUGCUCAUUCAAUUGGAAGGAUUAAUCUCCAUUCUAAUACUAAGUGCAUACUAUAAGUACAAGUAAUCUUCUUUAUUCAACAAAAAUUAUCUCCAUGUACAUAAAUUAUUUAUAAAACUUUAUAAAAUGAAAA